UCCAAGUUCCAACGUUCCAAAAUGGAGCACGCCAAUGAACCACCGCAACACCGCCAUCUUGCGACUAGUGUCAACUACAGGUUUCAUUGGAAUUUGAUGCAAUUUGUGUCUCGUUGAGAGCAACUAAAAUAAAAUAUCAGUGUUAGUAGGUACUUUUAUUGGUAGUGCCGUUCAGUUACGAAGAUAUGUGCAAAUUAUGAUCUAAAUUGCAUUCACAAUGUCGGACGUGAAGCAAGUGAAAGUGGACAACUGGGGGAUAUAUUUCCUCCAGAGAUUGAAGCACUUUUUCAACCGCACCGAUUACUGUGAUCUGACGCUGCAGUUCCAAGAUAAUGCCCAGCUGAAGGUGCACCGAUUGGUCCUCAACGCUUGUACCGAGUACUUCGAGAUAUUGGAGCGAACAUGCGAGAUGUACGAAGAUUGUUUGGUGAUGCCGGACGACUUGCAAGCGGACGUCGUGGUUCCCAUUGUCAACUUCAUGUACACAGGUCAGUUGGAAUUCAGGAUGGAAGCAUUGGAUAAGCUAUAUCAAACAUCAUUGGUUAUGAAUAUGCCCGUUCUAAGCAAACUUUUGGAAGCCCACCGAGGCAAAGGAAUGUCAUUCAAGUCCAAACAUUCUAAAUCCAGUGAAAUUACAAAACAAAUACAUUCCCCAUCAUUUUCUUCAUCAUCAGCAAAGAGAUCUUAUACAAAAGCAUUUGAAAGUAGCAAAUCUGUUACUAAAGCCAUGGAAGUUGAUAAAUUACAAGUAAAUAAGUCAACACCUAGAAAAGUUAUUACUAAUAAUGACAAUAGCGUUGUAUACAGAGAAAAGAAAUACCAUCAACCAAUAAACAAAACAGCUCAGAGAAAAGAUCAUCGUGCUCCAUCGCCAUUACCAUUGGAUUCAUCACUUUAUAAUAAAAAAUUGGUGUUGGGUGAUCCUCGUCCUACCAGAUAUGAAUUGCCAGAAGAACUAGACACUGACAAUGUUUUUGAUAAUUCAUUCUCUAACAUUUCAUAUACUUCCCAACCUCUCAUGGUUCAUCCAGAAACAACAAAACAAUAUUCUGCUAAGAAAAGUAACUUGUUUAACGAACCAACUAGCUCCAAACGGGCCUACGCUGGCUCAACCGUUGAUAUUGUUGAAUGCAAGAAAAUUUCCAAAAACGAUAACAUUUUUGAUGACAGUGUCAAUCAAUCUAUCUCCUAUGAUGAUGUAUACAGCUCUGCUUUUUUGAGUGUGAAGGAUGAUCCUCCAAAAGAUACAAAUCAACUGUUUGAUCAAAUCUUAGACAACAAUGAAGGCACAAAAGUCACCAUAGAAUCUAAAGAUAAAUUAGCUGGUAAUUUAGAUCAUGCCAAAAUUAUUAGUGAAGUCCUCAAGAAAUAUCCACAUUUGGUAAAAAGCAACAAAAACAUUAAAUUAAAGAUUCUUAAUACACCUACCAAGACUAAAAAGCCACGUCCAAUACCCAAUCCACCAGAAGAAAAAGAUGUGAAACUCAAGCAAGAAGUUUGUUAUACAUAUGAAACAGAUGUACUUGAUUCUAAAGAAGCUGCAAAAUUAAUAGCUAUGGGGGCUGAGAAUAUCAAAGGCCCAUGGAUUUGUCUCAUAUGUGGCACACCUGGCAGGGCAUUAAACUUCACCUCAUAUUAUAACUUCAGAAGACAUUUAGUUGAAGUUCAUCAAGAAAAAGCGGUGUCCACUAUUUGUGAGUAUUGUGGACUUAAGUCCCACAAGCGUAAUUAUUUGCUUCACCACAUAUACACCAAACAUGGCGUCCCUCCACCUCCGCACUAUCACUUCCCCAAGUGCAAUAUGUGUGACUAUAUUGCACUCACUGAAGGUUUUCUAGUAAAGCAUAAACUGACGCACACUGAUGAGCGCAAGCCAAUACGCUGCUCUCUAUGCUUUGCGACAUUUAGUUCAACCAAUCUCUUGAUUUGGCAUAUACAAAAAACGGGUCACAAACAAGAUAAAAAGAUGAAUACGCAAUGCAACUAUUGCAUGAAGGUGUUCAUGAGGGACAGUAACUACUUUGCACACAUAAAAACUGCUCAUAAAGAACAGGCAUUAAAAGAUGGAAUAAUAGAAGAUUCUGAUGAUGAUAACAUAGAUGAGAAACCAAGUGAAAUCAGAACUACCAUAAAAUAUGAACUGCCAAUUGAAACAGAUUUUGAAGAUCCUGAAAUGCGGUAUCAAGUUCAAAAAAGAAAUGAGGGUAAAAAAGCUAAAAUUUCUGUUUCUAAUCAAAAAAUUCUCAAUCCUGGCUUUAGCACUCCUGUGGCUAGUCAAAGUCAGAAAGUUCAUGAUAUGUCUGAUGACAAUAAUGAAUACAUUCAAGAUGAUGAAACUCCUGCCAAUCCUGCAGAUAAUGUGAUGGUUUUAAAUGAAAAUGAGUACAUAAUGAAGGAUAACCAAAUUAUAGCCAGAAAGUCAACAAUGAAGCCCAAUGAGUACAUUUUAUCAGAUUACAUAGAAACGGAACCUGAACAGAACAUAGAAAACUUGAAUACUGUUAAUCCAACAACAUCCAUGCAGUUUACAGACCUCCACCCGGCUGAGAUUAUUCAGCAAUCUAAAAUGGUUCUUAAAAAAUCUGCAAAUAUAUCACAACCCAUACAAAUUGUAGUUUCAAAUGAGGAAGAGUAUAAGGCGUUAAUGGCUUCUAAUCAUUCCAUUAUAUUCGACGAUGGUGAUCCAAACAAAACAUUAACUGUUUUAACUGCAGCUCAGAAUCCUACAUUGAAUGCUACCACCAUAGAUUUGGACAACAAUCAAUCUAAUGACAUGAUGAUUAUUCAAGAUGAGUAUCCCUUGAAUGUGUCCGAAGCAGUUGCUGCUGAUAAUUCGAAAUAUGUUGUUGUUUAUAGUCACGCAAUGGAACAUGAUGACCCCAAUAAACAAUACCAAAUCAUAACGUCACAAGAAUUAGGUGCGCAGUAUGUCCAGUCUUCCGCCGUUAUGGCACAAAACUUUGAAACAAUAACUACAACUACUCCUGUCGUAUCUACUACUGUGAUUGAUACUCAAAUGGAUGAAACGUGGCCACAGAGUAGUCACCAAAGUGUUGAAAACCAGGCUCAUUUACAAGUAGCAUCAGAAAAUGAACUACAGAAUAUUAACGAAACUGUAUCCACCAAUAUGACACAAGUAGAUAUCGAAACUGGUAUAACGGAUCUGCCUGAAGUAGAACUUAAUAAAAUGGUUGGUGUAUCAGAACAAAUUCAGGACAGUGUUGAACAACCAAACAGCAUACAUUUAGAAACAGUACCUGCUGAUAUUCCAGAACCUAUAUCAGUAAUUGAAGAAAAUCAAUUGGAUAAUACUGCGGCAAUGGAUAUUCAUCCCUCUGAAAUGACUCAAAUAGAAUCUGUGUCAGAUAAAGUUCACACAAUCACUGAAGAAGCAGAAAUGGGAAAUGAACAUGAAAUAACAUGUCCCAAUGAUACUUAUGAAAAUGUCGAUAUUGUUCAAGAACAACAGAAUCCUCUUCCUAUGUCAACAGAAGAACAAAGCUGUGAGGAAAUAAUUGAAGAAUGCAACAGUGUGCCAGAAACUGAAAACACUGACAGCAUUGAACAUACACUAAAUAUUGUGGAAGAUGUGCCCACUUCAGAAGAAAAUACUGUUGCAGAAGAAAUGCCUGUGAAAAGCAUUAUUGCACCAGUAGAAGCCAAAAAACAAAUCCAAAACCUAACAUCUGAGUGGUCUGAAGAUGAAUAUGAUAAUGUCCCUAAUUCUGUUGCUGAAACUGGCACAGAAGAAUCGGAGCUAGAGGAGUCAAUUGAAAAUAUUAACAAAGAAGUUCAAAAGCAAAUCACUGACAAGAAAGUGGUUACAACAGAAGAAUUUAUUGCUACUGAAACAAAAGAACCAGAAAUGGUUUUGGAGACUGCAAAUGUAGAAGCUACUCAAGAGAAAAUAUCGUCACUUUUAAAUGACUGGGAGGACUCUCAAGAGGAAGCAAUUGUAAACAAUGAUGAGAAACCAACGGAAAGUGUUGAAAGCGACCUCAUUGACACCAACGGGACUGAUACAAAAGAUACACACACUGAGCAAAUUACCUCUCUGGAAUCAGAUGCUAAAGACAACUCAAAAAAAGAUGACAAAAUUAAGAGUUUAGUCAGUGAUUGGGAUGAUGAAGAGGAAGAGACAAAAGAAUAAUCAGGUUGAUAGACCAAAUCAACAAAGCAUUACAAAGUGAAAAAUAAAAUAAUGUUACGUCUUAAGCAGGUACUUGAUAAAAUAUAAUUUAAUUGUUACUAUGGAUAUUGUGCUUUGAAUUAGGUAAGGCAAAAUGAUCUUGUAUUUUUUUUAAUUUAGUUUAAGUGGUAUAUUGGUUUCAUAAGUAAUGUUAAGUAGAUUAUGCAUAAUGUUAUAUAAGUCAAAUUAAUAAACAUCAAGAUCAUGCCUUCAUAAUUAUAAACAUGUUUAAAGGAUUUCUUUAUUAGUAAAUUUUGGUACCAAUGUUUUUUUUAUGCUUUUAAAAGUACUGAUUUAAACUGUGUAACUGUAUAAUACACACCUAAUUAUUAUUACCUAUAUCAUAAUGACAAACUAUCAAUAAUGUUAGUUUUGUGUAAAUAUUUAUUUAGUAAAAAACGUUACUUAUUUUGGUAAACAAGAUGGACAUGUUGUUUCAUUUGCAUUAUUUGUAAUUUAUGGAUUU